AUGAACUUGAUUGAUCUUCCGGACGUCGUGUUGAAAAUGCAUGUGUAUAAUCGUCGACCGCAGAUGGAUGCACUCGUCGCGUCUCUGAUGGCGUCUUUUGCGUCGAAAGGAGUCCUCGGGUUACAUCCCGAGAAUGCAUUGACUAUCGCAAUCCCAAGGGCAGCGUUCCACGGCCCCGUCUUCAAAACACCGCCGCCAAUUACACACAAGACGCCGUACUUAAAGCUGAAACCCGAGUACUUCAAAAAUCACGUCAAGCCAUUGGAGGUACCGCUGGUGGCAGGCCAGCAUCGCUACGUCGCCCUUACCCGAUACGUCGCUGCUGACCAGAAGCUCCUCGCGAGCAAGAAGGCCGUACUGGACGAAAUUCCCUUAGGUGAUUCACGGGCUGCGAAGCUGCAGACAGAUAUUGCGGCCCUUGAGGAGACGCUGCAAAAGAACGCAGUGUGGGCUGUACGAGUGUAUGACCGGGUCGGCUUGGAUAACUUUACGCCGAUGCGCACCCUUAUGCCAAUCGGCGUCAUCGCCAAUGCGCAUACCUAUAUCCUCGACAAGGACGCCUGCACAAUCGGCCGCUAUCUAGGCCGAAAUGAACACACGCCAAAAGCUGCUGAGACGGCGGACGAACGUCUUGAAGCACAUUUGCUGGAUUUGAAGGAGAAGAGCGGCGACGAGUACAAGCAGCUCGUCAAGGAUAUCCUACAAGAGCACCGGCAGCGGUCUGGUGUACGUUCAGGGCAUUCAAACGCCUUGUCAAAAAUUGUUGGGACUCCGGAACUUCUUAAAGUAUUGGUGGCCUUGAUACCGGGCCGCCGGCAUUUUCUUGCAUCGGGUCUGCUCCGCGUCAAGGCAAUUGAAGGCAUGGAUGAUGUGUACUUGGGUCUUAUUUGCGAAUACUUGGCCCACCAUUGGCAACUCCUUGGAAUAAUCGGUUCUACAGACCCACUCAACGCCAAUGUUGCGGAUCUCGAGGCCGCCCGCGAUGAUGACAUUAUUUCCGCCCCCUCUGGGGUAUCUGCGGGAGCGAUAGCGCUGAAGGCAUUGCGUGAAUUGCGUGGUCGGCUUUGGACAGACGCCACUCCCGACUGGGAGAUUUGGACGGACGACAUUCUUGACGAGCUGAAUGCAGUGGUCGCUGAUACGAUCAAGCAUCCGGAAGACAUGGGGAUGAACAUCCCUCGCGCGAUCGUCGAGCUCAAGAAGUAUCGCCAAGCGGUUCUGGCCGUCAUCACCAAGCACUUCGCGAAGGAUAUUGAAUGUGGCUCGGCAAAGGGCACGCACGCCAUAAACGUGCGGGAGCGUAUGCGUCUCUACCUCAUGCCUCCCAGUGUUCGCGAUAGUAACGACGUGGUCCCGAUGCCACUUCUUACGUCGAAGGUAUUUGCAGACGUUGUCCGAGAAUUCGCCCAUUACAAGCAAGGGCUACUUGAGCUGGCCAGGAUGUUCGAUCCGCUCAUCGACUAUAGGCAUCAUCUCCAAGAUGCCUCUAAUCGAGAUGCAUGGAUAAUAGUCCUGCGCGGACUCAAAAUCAAUUACGAUUGGCUUAACGACGAGGCCCCCGCGGCUGUUAUCUUGGAAGCGGUAUGGGGAGCGAGAACUGACUUCGUCGCUUUUUUAGAGUGGUUUGCCAACCAAACUCCUCCAGUAUACUCGGAGCAGCGCUCCCUCAAGAGAGCGCAAAUCGCAAAAUGGCAGCCCCUGGCUGAGGGAGAAGCGGCCCCCACAGAUGAAUGGAAGACAAGACGGAAUACUUUGUAUUCCGUCGAUCAGCUCCAAGAUCUCGACGCGCUCGUUCACGCCCGGGACCUCGCUAAGGACAAUAGCCAGGUCAUGGUCGCGAGGGCGGCAGGGGACUACUCUGGCGCGCCCCGCAUUAUCGCUGCCCACCCACAGCUGCGCCUUUUAUUCUUAACAGGCGUCCCAUGGUGGCCCGGAUGCAAGAAGGACCCGCGCCACAAGCUAUGGCCCUUUGUCCUAGGUGCGUAUUGGGAACGCGCCUACAAUGCCGAAGUUCGCCCCAGGUGUUUCAACAAAUGCGUCGUCGAGUGGCGCAACAAUAUAUCCAAGGAUCUCGGCCUGAUGUUGAUGAGCGCGCCCACCCGUCCCCAUAGCGGCAACUUUCAAUUCCCCUUUCCUGACGGCCUCGCACACCCAGCCGAGCCACUCGAGAAUCCGGAAUGGCUUGCCGGCGGGAACCAUACUGUGUCCGAGACGAAGGAGAAGGUGGCUGUUGCCCUCCUGCGCCAAGAACAAGCAAACGACCGUCACGCUGCAAUUCAAAAAAUUGUCAGCAUGAUCGAGCGUUUGCCCUUCGUCCAAUCGGCGGGUCAGGCAACGGACGCGAUCGACCGAGGUGUAUCCAAUGCUGUAGAACACCUGUUGGAAGUCCUGGAUUAUGCUGCAGCGCGCGCGACAUAUCGCGAUACUCAAGGCGAUCCUGCCGCAUCAUUUGACCCAUCUAUGGCUGGCUCCGCGUUUAGACAAGACUAUCGUCGCCGGGCUUCAGUAGUCGAUGUCGCUACUCUGUGGCCUGAGGACAUUACAACAUUCUGGAGACAAUCUCAAGUUGAAGCGCCAUCGGGCAGUGCUGUCAUUGCUGAAGAGGCCCCAGGCGAUGACGCCGGCAAUGUCACUGGGGAUCCAACUGAGCCCAGUGCAAACCUUCCGGCCAAGCGCGAUAGGUCGUCGUCCGGUGGUGAACGCCGCCCGGGCAAGAAGGCUCGUUCAGAGGAUACGGGUAUGGAUGUGGACAGCUCCCCAUCCGAUGCCCCCCCGGUCGCCGAAGCAUAG